AUUUCCGGUUACAUGUAAACAGAUCAUACGAGUUUUCGUACACGGGUUCUCUUUCUUUUCUAGAAUUUGAGAGCAAUUUCUUGGAAAACACAACAGCGUUAGCUGUGACUGUGACUAGCUGGUAAGAAAUUGAAGUUAAUAUUUAUACCAACGUAUGAGUGUGGUGAUGUUCAUAUUUGGCGUCUAAUAUUUUAAACAAUAUUGGCAUUUGCUAGUCAACUGUCAACUGAUUGUAAAUUAAAUUGUUAAAAUUAAAAUCAAAUGUAACCAAAAUAAUUUAAAUAGUAAAAGUAAAUAGUUUAAAUUAAAAACAGGUAGGCCUAGGCGUACGCCGGUACUGCAUGGCAUAGGCUUAAAAAUAAGGCCAAGUUAAGCAGUGUUUCUUUCAGACAAUUUUCCCUGGGAAAGUGAGUGGGGGCAUAUCAGAUUUUCCGGUGGCCUCUGCAGUACCCGUGGCUAGAGGCAUCGCUAAGAGUAAGUUGGGGCAGAAGGGAUAAAUGUCCCUGGACUCCCAACUGGGGGAGGGGGGGGAUAGAAAAAAAUCGGAUUUGAUGGUAUUUUAUUGAUGAAAUGGUAAUAAGGCAAGGGGGAGAGACUGCAAGCAAUCGGCAAUCAGGUUAGCAAAAAAUGAAAAUGAAAAAAAAAUGAAAAAAUUAAUGCAAACAAAACAAUGUCCCAAUGUCAAGGGGUGUGUGGCCUAAUUUGGCCAUCUAUGGUGGUUUCCAAAGAUGCCAGAUCAAAUUAUGCAACAAUGUUGUUUUGUUUGCAUUCAUUUUUUCAGGUUUUCCCAUGCUUUGUUUCACUAAUUUCCUUUUUUAUUGAUGAACAUAGGUUUCAGAGUAAGGCCGGGAGGGGGGGUGUUUAAAUUUAAUCUUGUUACUGUUACCCUGGUGCCAAACACUCCAGCUAUGCCUCCAACAGUGGCGUAAUAGGGGCGGAUGGGUUAGUCUAUUUUUCUUAUACUUUUAUGGAGACUUGGCAUUUUUGGACAACAGCAUAAUUUAGUUUUUUUUAUCUUGAAAGGAAGUGUACCAAUAAUCUUGUCCCGCCUAGCUAUGCCAUUGGGCAGUGUAUAUAUGUGCACUAAAUUGGGCAUCAUUUGUAUAGGAAAGUAGGCCAGAAAUUGUUGACGAUGAUGGCUCUUGGGCGUAAGAGGGGCCUGUUCCCUGCAAAAUUUACGAUAAUUUCUAAAUCAAAAGGUACAUUUUGGUAUACACCUAAUUUCAGUGUUUCUUUUAGCCUUUUUUGACCCUUGGAGGUGGGGAUGGUGGAAUUUUAUAAGCAAGGGAGAGGGGGGGGAGCGACUUUAGGACGACCCUUAGUAACUAGAACCCCAUAGGCUAUAUUAGACUGUACUAUCUAUCUGCAACAGUACUAAUGUAACUACAACUGUGAUUUUUUUUUUUGUCCUUUAAUUUUUAAAAAAUCUUUUAUUACAGGCAUAACACAAUCAAACUUUAAAUUUGACUGACCCUGACUUAUUAAAUAGUCAUGUCAUACACAAACAACAUGGAUGAUCCAGAGCUAGGAGAUUCUUUGAUAAAUGAAUAUUCAUUUAGUGAAAAAGCUGUCAGAAUGGGUACAUAUCUUUUUAACAUUCUUGAUAAAUUAAUUUAAAUACUAAAACAAAGUUAGAAAUUCAAUUUUCAUUGUUUUUAUGUCCACUUAUUUAAAAAGCAAGUUGAUGAAAAUAAUAAUCAUGCAUUUCUUACCUAAUUAAUAAAUAAUUGAAAAAUAAGUUUCAAUUGUUAAAUUAUCAAUGUUAAUUGUAGGAACUGAUUAUUUUAAAUUUUUAGUUAUUUAUGCUAACUUUUUUUCCCCUUAAAAACAAUUCUUUUUAGGCUUCAUACGAAAGGUAUACUCAAUACUUUUUGUGCAGAUUGGAGUAACAGCUUCCAUGAUUGCACUUUUUAUCUAUGUGUAAGUUACAAUAACUGUGUUUGUAACCAAAAUUUUUCUGUGUGUUCCUAUUUACUGAUUUAACUCUCACUCUGUCUUAUAUGUGUCUGAGAUGUAAAAGAAUGCAAUUUAUUUUCUUGUUAUAUACUCAUUCAAACCACAAGUAAUUUAUGAGCUGUCUGAUAACUUUUUUAUUCAUCAAAGAGACUAAUUUUCUUUCUCUUUCUUUUUAGUCUCCUUGUCUCCUUUUGAAGCUUAUUUAUCACAAUAACAAAAUGUAACAUGAAACACUAGAAUAAUUUUUUCAUUUAUAUAUAACUAUGUGCAAAAUCCAUUUUUUUUUGUUUAUUGCAGGGAUCCCAUCAAAGAAUAUUCAAGAGAUAACCCAUGGAUGUGGAUUUUGGCUUUGUAAGUUUGAUUUUUAAAAAUGUUAAAGUAUCUUGCAUACCUUAUUGAUAGCAAUAUCCAUUUUGAAAAUGAAUGGUUAGAAGGUUUAUAAUUAUUAAAAUUUCAGUAAAAUAUUAUUUAUAUUGUUCUGUUUUUUUUAAAAAUUUGUUUUGUUUUUUUCAGCAUUAGGUUUUUAAAGACCAGCUCUGUAAACUUAUACUAAGUAACAUUUAAAGUUUUGCUGUGCAUUUAAAUGAGAUGCCCUUUUUUUUUUGUUUUGUUCACAGCGUUAUGACAUUUGUCAUCAUCAUAGUACUAGCAUGUUGUCCAGAUUUCAGAAGAAAGUCACCUAUAAACUUUAUACUACUUUUUGUUUUUGUGAGUAUCCCUCUUUUUUUGUGUGUGGAUAUAGUCCUAUUUAAGGUUAUUUGAUUAAAUUCCUAAAUGCCUUUAUUAAAAUGUUAACUUAUGCUGUCUAGUAAUGUUUUAAAUUCCACCUUAUUCAUCUGAUAAUAACAUUAUUAUUAUUUUCUUUCAGACAUUUUGCGAAGGCUUUCUUCUUGGAACUGUCUCUGGGUAAGUAAUUUUGUUCUUCAAUUGCAUGAUACAUGCCUUAACAGCAGUUAUGUCCUGAUUUUAAUGCACAAGUUUACCUGCUUUUGAUAUGAAAGAAAGGCUCAUCUCACCAUCAUAACGGCAUAACAACAAUAUACACAAAGUGGGGGUGGACUUUUUUCAUAAUCAUCAUCAGUGGGACUUCAGCCCAUGUAGGGCCCUGGCCUGUUCACCACAUCCUUCCAUUCAGAUGGAUCUGUUGCUUUCCAACUCCUUGCGUGGACCCCCAGCAGGUGUAAGUCCUUCUCUUUGUUGUCGAUCCAUCUCAUACUUGGUCAAUAUGUGAGCCGUUUGCCUCUAGAUUUCUAUCUGUAGAUCACUUUUGCCGCUCUACCAUCUGGCAUCCUCUGAAAGAGUCCCGUCAAGUGCAGUCUGUCUUUUUAAAACUUUUGGGACUAUGGGUGGGUCUUUGUACAUUUGGUAUAUCUCUUAGUUUGUAAGGAUUCUCCAUACAUCACUGUCUAUCACCGGACCAUAUUUUCCUGAGGAUUUUCCUCUCCUAUGUGUUGAGCAGGUUCUUUGCUUUUUAGAUAUUUGAAAGUAGCCACACUCUCAAAGGUGUGGUUGCUUAAAUUUAAAUGAUGUCUCUAGUAUGGAUGUUUUUCAUGACAAUACCACAUAUUUUAUCUCUGCUUCAUUUUUACCUCAAGAUCAGCUUUAACUGAGGCAUCUUCUAAUUCCUUGGAUGUUUUAAUUAUAUAAUUGCUGUUUCUGUGGAUUCUUUUUUUUACAAACCAUAACCAGUUGUUAAUGCUCACAUGAAAGUCCAAAAUAAACUUUGCUGUUGUCUUACUUGCCUGGUCCUAUGAAUCCAAACUUUAAAAAAAAAAAAAUCUAUUGCACAUUGUUUUUACAACUUUCUGCUUGACUUGCUGUAACACCAAAUCUCAGCUGCACAUUGAAAGGAUAUUCUUUUAUACAAAUUUCUGCUUGACUUGCUGUAACACCAACUGUCAGCUGUGCAUUCAAAUGAUAUUUGCUUCUGCAGGGAGAUUUCAACCAAUACAACUUUUGACAGAUUGACAUAAUUGAAGACCUUAGGGCUAAAAGUACUUUAAACACAAAAACCCAUUUAGGGAUAAGUUCAAAAAUUAUUUUUGGCUAUAAAAUGUGAUCAUUCUUAAUUUUGGGCUUGUUUAAUUAAGCGACUUGGCUACAUUUUAACGUCUUCAAAUUUAUACAGUAGACUUGACUAAGUUGAGGAAAAAAAGGUCGCAAUUUAGAUUGAUUUUUACAAAAAAUAUGUCUUAAAUGUUUUUAGCAAUAGGGUCUGCAUAUCAGUUUGGCUAAUUUUGAAAUUUCCCAAAAGGUAGUAUAUAUAUUUUUAUAUAAAUAUAUGUAUAAAUAAAUUUUUUUUAAAAAGUGCUCUUGUGGACCGUUUCAUCUUUUAAAAGGAGACUUGCUUGCUAAUUAUUUGAAUUAUUUUAUUUUUUUUGUGUGUGCGUGACUAAUUUUUGUUCAAAGAUAAAAUUACUCAUUCUUUUUGUACUCACGACACAGUUUAAAUUGUUUUAUUUGAUCCACAGACACUAUGAAAAGGAUGAGGUAUUGAUGGCAGUGGGGAUCACAGCAGUGAGUAUUCAAAAUAAUAUCCCAUGUUUCAUUGACCAUCAUCAAAUAUACUAUCCUGUUUAUCAUUGAUCAUCAUCAAAAUUAGUAUCCUAAGUUUUGUUGAUUAUCAUCAUGCUUUACUAAUAACGACCCACCAAACAAUGGCAUCUACAUUGCAUGAACUUCCCAUCUACUAAAGUUACUUGAAAACACAUGCUAACUUCUGGGCAUUUUAUUAUGUUAAUCUUUUUUUUAAUUUAUAAAAAUAAUACUUGCGUAUUGAAGAAUUUAUAUAUUUAAAUAUUGGGCUAAGCAUAUUUGCCAGAUUUAAAUAGAUUAGAUUUCUGUAAAUAAAAAAAACAACAAAUCUCAGUAUCUGUGUUUUUAAGGAUACGAUUUAGAAAUAGGCAUUAUAUCUUGCAUGGCUGUUUAACACAGAUUUACACCUGUAACAGACAGUAACACACACAUGGAUACAGAAAUAGACACAUACAGAGACUCAGAGAGAGACACACACAGACACACAUACAUGCCUAGAGAAUAAUUAUUUGUGAUGUCACGACUGUUUGAUCAAAAAAAAAUUUUUUCUGUCUGUCAUUGAGAGAAACAGAUAUCAGAUAUAUACUUUGAAAAGAAAUAACAUUAUCUGCUAACAGGCUUAAUUAAUUUCAGACAAUUUAAUGGGAUAAAAAUCACUGUAAAAUUACUCUGGUCUAUUAUUUUAAAGUUGGAUGCUAUUUCAUGUUGAUGAAUUACCCAAAGGUCUGAAUUUGAACUAUGCCAAGAGCAGAAGUCAUUACAGCCAGUCAGUGUUUUUCUUAAUCCCAUAAUUAUAAUUAUAAAAAUGAAUGCUUUUUGUGUAUACUGAAGAAGGCAUUUUGCCUGAAACUUUCAAACUUGUAUUUUGUGUGACCAUAAAUUAAAGCUUAGGAUGCGUUGUUUUAUUCACACAAAUUGUCUGCGCCUCUUUAAUCCCAUAAUAAUACAUGUUAUGGUCAGGCUAACGAAGAAUAAUUUUUCCGCCGUGUUUCAAACAUUCAUGUCUUAACUCAUGUGUCACGGAAAUCACUGAUUGCUCAGCUGUUCUGUUUGUUCUACAGAUUGUGACCCUUGCGCUCACCGUCUUUGCUUUCCAGACUAAGGUUAGUUUACCUUCUUUAAAAAAAAAAAAAAAAAAAAAAUAGAAGAAAUUAAUCCAGGGAGGGUCCAUUGGUUUAAUUAAGCAGCAGCAGCAUAAUAAUUUUGAUGGGAUAUAAAUAAAUAAACUUAUUAUGAUAUCAAUGAUUUUUUUAAAGUGCAUCAGAGGUUUGUCUAUAAUAACGUGUCAGUCUUGUGAACAGAGGCUAAAUAAUUUAUUGUUUAUCAUCCACAGUGGGACUUCACCAUGAUGGGCGGCAUGUUAUUCGUACUGGUCAUUGUACUCUUCUGCUUUGGGAUUCUGUGUGCAAUUAUCCAGAGCAGGGUAAGUCAGCUUCUGGUCAAGUGACGUGGAAGAUGAGAUGGUUUACAAUAACUUAUUAUAACGUAUUAGCUGGAUGAACUUUACUAAAGGAAAUGAACAAAAUGCACUUGCAAUUUUUUUUUCUUCCUAAGGUCAUCUUAAUUUAUUUGGUGUUUCAGAUUCUUAGCCUGGUUUACGCAUCCAUUGGGGCACUGAUUUUUUCAGCAGUAAGUAUCACAACCUCUGUUGUUUUAUAUCAUGCAUACUGUUCCGGUAAUAUAUUGUUAAUUAACUUAAUGUUAUGUGAGUAGGAGAAAGAGCCCCAAAAAAAAUCCUCAGGAAGUCUAUCAUAACUUUCCUUUAUGGCAUUUGCAGUAAAGUACUGACCUUGGAACAAAUAUAAGUGCCUCUAGAAUAGAAUUUAAAAAAUAGCAAAUUAAAAGAUGUGAUAUCAGGCCUAUCUUGUGAUACAUAUUUCGCCACAUAACAAAUUCUUCUUCUUUUUUUUUUUAAAAAAAGUGUAAAAUAUUACUACUGUGACUUCCAGACAUCUGAGUUAAACUGCUGGUCUUAAAAAAGUAUCAUCAGUCUUCUGAUCCCAUUUAUGUCUGACAGAAAUGUUUAAAUAUAAACCGCCAUUGAAAAAAAAUCAUAUGUCAUAUUUCUUAAUAUUAAACUAAUCAUACAUUGUCUCAGCACGUUUACACUCAAAGUCACUAUUCCCUGUAAUAUGUUAAGCCACGCGAUUCCUAUCACCACUUGUCAACCAUUUAUCUGUACAGCGACAUGCCCCCCAUCACCUUUGCCUUAUUUUAAAGCCUCGUUUCUAACUCCACCCCCACAGUACAUCGUGUUUGACACUCAGAUGAUGCUGGGAGGCAAGCACAAGUAUUCAAUUUCUCCUGAGGAGUACAUCUUUGCAGCCCUCAACUUGUACCUGGACAUCAUCAACCUCUUCCUCUUCAUCCUCUCCAUCAUUGGAAAUGCUAAGGACUGAGAGAGUUGACAAAGAAACAAAGAGAAAACCUAGCUUUUUAUGGAGUUUUUCAAGUGAAAAACUUACACUUGUUCAAUUUUUUCUGGGUAUUUCCCCUCAAUUAUAAAUUGUUUAUGGUCUAAAAUAUUUAAAUUAUAAUGCAUACUCACUAUUUUUAUUUUAAAAACUCAUGUAUAAAUAUGAGGAAUGUAACCAUUGCUUUAGACAAAAGUAAUAAUGAAUUAAUUUUUUCAUUAGCUGCCGGUUAUCAGAUCUGCAUUAAUUGGAAAAAUAAGAAUUCAUUAGUUUUUUAAUGAUGAAAUUAAUUAAUCUUAUUUUGGGUAUGGGAGACCAUGAAAUAACAAUAAUUUGAGAGAAUUCUAAUGUUACAGUUUUAUUAUUAUUAUGUCUAAGCAGAGAUUGAAACCCACCACAGUUGAUGGGGGCAGCAGAUGUUACUUCAGUCAAUACCACACCCCCACACCUGGAAUUUACACAAAAACUGCCACUCUCACAUCACCUGUGGGGAAAACUGAUUGGUGGUGUGGGGAAAAAAAUUAUGACUAUUGAUCAGAGGCUAGCAUAUGCACGCAUACACAAGGGGUGGUCGUCUUGUUCAUCUCAGAUGACAAAAUACUUACUGGUCAACUGAUUCAUUUGGAAGUGAUGGGUAAAUCUAGAAAGCAAAUUAAGUUGUGUGGGGUAUGGCUUUAAAAAGUAAAAAUAAAUUUCAAGAAUGUUAUGCCGAUGAUUUUUAACCCAUUUAACAAUGAUCCGACUAUGAUUUUUAACCCAUUUAGCAAUGAUCCGUCUAUGAUUUUUAACCCUUUAGCAGUGAUCCGAGUCAAUUUCUUGUGAUUUCAUCUGUAUAUAUAUGAAAAACUGGUCAAAGGUCAAAUCAGAGUUGACUGGGCUUGUUUUUUUCUUGUUUGACUUCAUACAUAACGUCUAUGAUCAUGAUGAUGCUUAAACAUAUACACCUUAAUCCCGACAUUUGCCAAAGGUAGGCAUUUCCAACUAUAUAUAGUUUGAUUCAUGAAUAUGUUGAGAAAUCUACCUGUAAAAAAAAGAAUAGUGAAAAUGAUGCCAUUAUAUUAACAAAUGUGUCAUUGUUUAUGCAGUCCAACUUUAUAUUGAUUUGAUUGAUCUACUUUUGGUUUCAUAUCGCAAGGGAUACUUGUGUGGCAAGGUCCUCAUUUUUAAACACAAAUUUUAAAUUCAGGAACCCUACCUUUUUAAAAUUUAUUUUUAUUUCCCCCCAAAUAACUUGAACCUAGUCCAAUGACAGAGAACUACAGCAGUAUUAUUAAAUGAACUCUAAUUAUCAAUGUUAAUUUUCCCAUUUGUUAUAAACAUUGGUCUACAGUUUUACGUACACAAUUGUUAGUUAACAGUCGUUUACCCUGCAAAAAAAUGAAUUAAACACAUAAUUAAACUUGUCUCACAAUGUUAACAUCUAGUAUAGUUAUAUUAUAUAUUUAUUUAAGCUUUAAAUUUGAAAUAAAACUUUCCUUGCAACUGUGAAUAAGUCCUAAUUGCAUAAUAAUGUUUUAUGCUUAGAUAAGCCAUUUAUCUGUCUUAGUUUUUUGCUGAAUGUUAAAUGAUCAAUGAAACAAAUGUAAUGCUCUACAAAUAAAGUAAUCUUUUAUUAUUGUAUGCGCGUGAAAAAAUGCAGAUUUUCAGUAGAUUUUUCUUGUAAGAUUUCUCAAUAGAAUUAAAACUGAGGGUACUAGUUUAUACUACUUUUGAUUUAUUUUGAGUUCUGAGAUUUAAAGCUGAGGGUACUAGUUUAUACUUCUUUUGAUUUAUAUUGAGUACUGAGAUCAGACCUGUUUACUCUUACGAUUUUGGCGUACAAUGUACGAUUUUGAGGUGUUAAUAUGUAUACUGUAUGUUUAUUUUUUUCUAUAAAUAUAAGGUAUUGAACGAUUUUGUGAUAAUAUUGUACGAUUUUUAGAGUCUGAGGGUAAACAAGUCUGUGAGAUUUGAAACUGGGGGUACUACUAGUUUAUACUUCUUUUGAUUUAUAUGGGUAAUAAGGGGAGAGACUGCAAUCAGGUUAGCACAAUAUGAAAUUAGUAAAACAAAGUAAGAUUAAACCUGAAAAAGGAACGCAACAAAACAGUUUAAGUUGACCCUGAUAAAUGGUGUCAGAAGUUAUUAAAAUUAAUAUUUUAUUUGAUCUUCAAUUUUCCCCAUAAUCGAAACAGAAUAGAGACCGGGAAAGCUCAAUUGAAAAGUGUGCAACAAUAGUUAUGAGGAAUGAUUUCUUUUCAGCAGCAAAAUAAGAUCUGUUUUAACAUUUUGUAUUUCAAUUAAACUAAACUUUUAAAUUUAGCUGUUCUCUUGAUCUAUAUGGAAGAAGAAAAAAAACUGGCGUAUUUAAUUUGUAUCCUUGUUGGUUGUUUUCCUUUUAAACCAAAAUGGUUUACCAAAACAAAUGUGUUCUUUAUUUUUUUAAAUAUAUAUUUGAUUUAGUUUUGUGACAUAAAACUCUGAUGUUGAAUUGUAAUCAAAAGGUUUGUUGUGCUUGAUUUUCUCUCAGUUCAAACUUCUCAGUAUCAUUUGAAAUAGAUUUGGGAACUGUUGUCUUUGGCCCAUACUUAAAAUUUAAUUUUCAAUAACAACGUCAUCGAUAAAUCUUUGCAACAAUUCACUCCUUUGAACAAGCUGUGUAUGUAUGUGUAUAUAUAUAUAUAUAUAUAUAUAUAUAUAUUGAAGCAGUUUAUUUUUAACACUUUAACCAAAAUAAAAAUGUAUUUAGUGGGAUGAAAGCUCCCAUCAUGCAUUUCGGGCACUGUUAUCUCAAAUCUGCAUUUAGUUAUUACUAUAAAUAAAGAAAAUAAUACAAAAACAUUUAAUCGGCUAAGUGAUGCAAGUAUUUUAGUGACAUUUUAAACUUUGUUGAAUCUGAGAUUCCAGCUUGCAAGUUUGUUAUUUGUCAUGGAUCACGUUUUUUAGAUUAAAUUAAUUUUAUUGAUUUUUUUUUUUAUGAUAACAUUAUGCCUAAUAAAGUUCAGUCAAAAAGGGAGUUUUCAAAUAUGAGAAUUAAGGUCAACAAAUGAUAAGGUCACUCAAUGAAUGAACACUGCAAGGGGAAAAUUUGAAGAUAAAAUGUAUCUACCUUAAUAUCUUAUACAUAAAGCUUAUGUAGAGUCCAUGGAAUUUGUAUAUAUAUUAGGUCUGUAAGUGGUAUGUAAUCCCUAGAUUUGGUCUGUAAGGGAUGUUCUGAAUCUAAUUUCCCUAUCUCUGACAUGACCUACUAGGAUACUAUUAAUAGUAAUGAUAAUUGAACGCAUUUUUUCUCACAUUAAAGUUAUACUAUCUUGCUUUCCCUUGCAUUUAACAUUAACCUUAUGACUGAGACUAUUUAUCUAGACUAGAAGAAAUACCUGAAAAAUUUAGUCUGUUAUUAUUCCCAAAGCCCUUUAUCAGGCAUUAAAAAAUCCCGAACUAGACUCUAUGAAAAGAACAAAGUUAAUAAAAAAUGUUCAAUGCUGAAUCCAAUUUUCCAAUACUAUUCUUAUGUUUUUUGCAAAUUUUUUUUAAAAAAGGGGGAUAUAGUUAAUGCGACAUAGCUGAAGGGAUAUAGUGAAAGGGAAAUCCUUAACUGGCAAUACAUGACAUGCAAGCUGGGGGGACUCAAAAUAAUUUUCUUUAAUUUUCUUUAAUUGUGUUGUGAUGUUGAUAUAAUGGCCAGACGGGGCCUGGCAAAACUAUACUUGCAUCAAGUUAUGUUUGAAAAAGUAUAAAAAUUAUUUUUCAUUUGUGAUUUUUUGUUUUGUUAUUCCCUCCCAUUUGUACAGCUGAGUAUUUUAUUUCAUUUUGUAGCUUUAACUUGUCUUUCUUAAUUUUGUCUCAACAUUAUUAAAUAUUUUUUUCAAAGUUAUAUUUUGUGUCUUGUUG